AAAUCUUAUAUACUCAAUAAAAAAUUAUUAGACUAUCAUUUGUUUGAUCUUUAAAAAUAAUAUGUAUGCAUUGGAUGGGGUUUAAUUCUAUUUUUUCCUGUGACUAUGUUAUUUAUAAAUAAUAAUGAAAUAAUGAAAUCAAGAUUUUAUGGUUAGGGUUAAAAAAAAACAAAUUUAAGAAUAGAAAUGAAAAUUUGUUAGAUGGAAUGUGCCGAAAUCUGCGGAAAACUUAAUUCGGUCAGCAUUACUCCACUUCUUAACAGCUUCAUGGUGAUUCUUCCAAAGGUCCAAGAUAGUUACUCCCUCUUUUCUCCUCACCACUAUGCUGCAGAAACCACCAUCAUCCUCGAAGUCAACCAACUCCUUACGUGAUAGACUAGUGUGGCACUGAAGCCCGGUAACUGCGUGGUACUCUACCAAAGAAAAUUGAAGUGGUCUCCUCGGAAAGGCACACCAGAGCUCAUGGUUUUUGUAAGUCACCAGCUCCCUACACAAGAAGCUGUGUAUCACUCUCGCCGAGUAACCCAAACCAUUCUCGUACAAUUUAAAAAUCUGAGCAAAAACCCGAUCUUUCUUCACUUAAUUCAACUCCUUUGGCAGCCAUACCUCCAAUCUUUCCAUAUAACAUACCAUCCUGCAGUUGUUAUUGAUCUGAGUCACUUGGAUUUCCUCACCCUCCUUAAUAAUCCGCUUUGGUAACUCCCCAGACAUACCUACAAUCAAAGAUAAAAGAUUGUAAUGAGAGCACAAACAAAAGAUAAAAACCAAAAUAUACUUUCACUUCUACAAUCUACGUACUUUAAAACACAUGUUCCACAUAUAUCUAACUUUUCACAGAACAACAAACAUUACAUGCAUACAUCAACGAAUCUAAUUGUGUAACAUUAUAAUCAAACGACAACUAGUAUAAUAUUCCGAGACCCAAAAAUUUCCGUUUUCCAAAAACCUAAAUCGAUACUCUUUACAAAUCAAAAACAAUAACAUGCAUGGCAAAUCGGUUUUAAGAUGAUUAAUCAACCCAUAAAACUAAGGGAACUAACUUAGUUUAAGAAAGAUGACAAAUCAUUUUUAAGCAAAUCUAAAGUGUAGAGAAGGGAUCUCUUAAGAGAAUCAAUAGAAGAAAUCACAUACUUAGUGUGAAGAAACGUGAGAUUUUGAUGAAAUUAACGGAAUAACACUUCGAUUUUGCAAAGAACCGUCGAACGAAACUCGUUGAGGAAGAAGACUUCGAUUUCCUUGAAUGUAGUGUUUAAGAACGAAGAGGAAAAUGACAAAAACAAGGUUAGAGAGAAAAUGAUUCACGGAACCAUGAUGAAGAACUCGUAACCCUAAAUCGCCAUGGAAGGAGUGAAGAGAAACGGCGGAAAAGACGAGAUAAAAAAAGUUAUUAGAUUUACCCUAAACCCUUUAACCGUGUUUCUUUUUCCCUUUUGUUUUUACCUGUUUGUUUUUAUUUUUUUAAUUAAUAUUAAAUCAAUUACAAAAUUAUAAUUUAUAUUUAAAAUUCGUAUUAUUUGGUUAAGUACAAGGGUAUUAUGGUAUUAACAGGAAAUAAAAUUUUAGUUUCCCAAAAAAUCUUCAAAAAAUCUUAUUGAGACAAAUCAAACUUCAAAGUGUCUCUUUUUCCCAAUUUUCCCAAGUAUAAAUCAAUAUAAUAAAUCACUAACAGAAUUAUGCUACAUCAUAAUGGCAGUGAUUUAAUUUGAUAUCAAAAUAUUAUACGGCUCAUUUUCUGUUUAAAAAGAGGUUGAAAUUUUUGUAGAUUAAAAAAAUAAAUGUAAUUAUUAUACUAUGUCGUGCACAUCCAGCUUUAUUCAGUAUUUUGUUUGAUACGGUUUCGUAGAAAAAAGAUUGGAUAGACAAAGAAAAAGUACUCAGAAAAGAUAAAUACGAUGACUUGUAUAAAGAGAAGUAAAAAUAUCGAGCAAAUAAAAACAAGAGUAAUUGCGUCCGAUAUCAACGGACAGAAGAUUAUUUAGGGAAUUGGCAUAGUGGCUUUUCGUCACUGUUGACUUGGUGCAUAUGUCCCAAAAUACCCCUAUAGACUAUAUCUGACAACCCUAUUGCGGACAGCUAACCUAUUCUAUAGGUCCUAGUAGAAGUAGCAAUAAAAGCACAUAAGCAUCACUUUCACGUCAACCUCGUGUACUUCACGCAGCUAAAGAUAAGAAUCAGUCGGCAAUAGGUGAAAUUAAAUUGAUCAUAAACAUUUCUCAGCUUUUUAAUUACAGAACUUUCUCUUUCAUCUGGUUAUUUAAGCGUAUACGAAGGAGACGAAAUUGCAGCUGAGAAGAAAGAAUACCAACAAAAAUAAAUACAUCGAAGACGCAAACGAGAAAAUAUGGUUUCUGUCAGGCUAGUUGAUUGUUCUGAUCCACCGGAAGAACAACCCGUCAGACCGAUCCCUGAGAUGAUGUUUGCAGUUGGAGAAGAACCAGUCGGCGUGCGUGUUCUCACCUAUCUCUCAUCCGGAGCCAUUAACCGCAUCUUUAAUGCAUUAGAAGAGGAGGAAGUACAGAUUAUACAGAGAUCUGCGUUUGGGAAAAUUCUGGAGAUUGUGGACAAACCAGUUUUUUCCGGGAGAUUCGCCAGAUUCAUACUAUCGAGGCAGUUGAAAACGAAAAAAAAAACAUGAAGCUUGGUUCCGUUUUGCUGGUAAACCAAUGCGGUUUUCCCUUAGAGAAUUUGCGAUUGUGACCGGUCUACCAUGUGGAAAGUUUCCAAUGAAAUCAAAGAUGAAGCUCAAAGAAACUAUUUCCGAAAAACCAUACUGGCCUUCCCUAUUUGGAAAAGCUGAGGUAGCUACAGUGGCUUCUGUGAUCAAGUUGCUUACGAGGCGUACAGUUGCAGAUCGGGUUGUGCGUAUCAAAUACGCAUGCUUGGCGAUAUUAUCUUCUGUUCUUCUCCCAACAAACAUGAAGAUGAAAAUUUGUAGAGAACAUGCUGAGGCUAUUGAAGAUCUGGACGAAUUUUUUUCUUACCCAUGGGGAAGACUUGCUUUCGACAUGCUUAUGGGAAGUAUCAAAGAGAGAGACGAGGUUGCUCUGUCACAGAAUACCAUUGCUGUUAAAGGAUUUGCACUUGCCUUGCAGCUUGUGAUGGUUGAGGCCGUCCCCUCUCUUACUGAAGUUGUCCAGGAAACGUGUUCUGAUUCCGAAGGAGACAGCGACGAAGAAUAUGAUGGUAUGAGUGAGAAACCAAAGAGAAAGACGCUUAGUCCUGGUCACGCAAGAAACGUUGACAAGCAAACUGAUGUUUUUGUUAGAAGUAUAAUUGAUGAAGACCCAUUGAGACCCAUAGACGAGUCAAAUUUGGUCUGGUCUGACGAGGAAGAUGAUGAAAAGGUUAACAACAUGGUAUAUCUCAUCAAUACAAACUUUCAGUUCACGAAGUCCAUGUUUGUUGGUGGGCUGAGUAAGUUAGAUGUAGAUCGCAUGAGAGAAACCGAUAAUCUGACAUCGAAGGCUAAGAAAUCGAAGAAACUGCCUGUCCUAAACACUUCAAACGAUCCAGGUUACAUUGCUUCCCUUGUUAUUGAGAAAAUGAAACCAGAGUUUCAAACUAUGGACGGGAAUAUCAUGCAAGCUUGUAGGAGGGUAGAUUCAAUAGAGGGAUCUUUGGUUGGACUUGUUCACUCUGUUUUUGGGAAGUUAAAAGAAGAAAUGCUAGAGUCGGUUAGGCAUUUGGUUAUUGCGUUGACUAAAGAGGAAGGUGCUGCUCCAGCAACGAUUGAAGAGAACCUAACAAAUACAGCGGUUAGACAAAAUGGCAUUGUGCCGGAUUCAAAUUCGAGUCCAGUUAGAGAAGCAAAUGAUCAAACUAUCCAUAACAUUCUUGGUAAUCUAAGUUCGUACUCCACUCCCCCAAAUUCGCCGCGUUUAUGCCAGGGGGAGAAUCCCACUCCAAAAUAUAAUGAGGGAGGUUUAUAUUUUGAAGCUGGAGGUGAUAACGUUAAUGACAGUUUUGCACUUUCAGCUCAUAGCCAGAAUCAUCAACGGGCAGUUGAAAUCAAUCAACCAUUGGAGGAAGAGAACAGGGUACAGGGACCAGCCAUGGAUAUGCCUUCUUUUUCUCUCGGUUUAACGCAAGAAGAGGCGUUGAAUGGGAAUCAUGGUAUUACUUUCAAGGAGUCUGUGCGUCAUCAGCCUGAGUCUAUUGUCAAGGCUGUUGAUAACAUUGAAGUACGACAUCAGUAUCGGAAAAGCAAAAGACAAAAGUGUGUUCCUCAUGCACUUUUGGCGGAUUACGAAUGUGGUCCGGAGAUUGGGUCACGUGUGAAGAAAUCCCAGAACUUCAUAUUUUCAAGUCAUGAACGAAAUCAGAUCGAUAGGAAGUAUGAACGGCUUUUACAGAGAGUAAACCGACAUUUUUGUGCGAUCAGUGUUUAUAAAGUCAGUGGAGUCUCGGUGUUAGGAAAAGAUAUUCUACUAAUUGCAGAGAGAUCGAAGUUUCUCACCUCAAAGGUUGUUGACAUACUUAUACGACUUGUGCAAUAUACUGUUCAACAACAAUUUACUGCACAUACUCAGCACAGGGAUGUAUUUCUUGACAAUACAUAUGCCUCCACAAUCACAAAGACAUAUCCCAAGUUUCGUAAGAGUAGGAAAAAAAAUGCCUACAUUUUCCCCAGAGGAGUGGUUAAAAUAUUUACAACAAGGGAAGAUUCAUUCCUCCAGCCUACCCGGUAUUACUUUCCACUAAAUGUGGGGAAGAAACAUUGGGUAGGUAUAUGUGUGGAUCACAAUCGUGGAAAAAUAACAGUUCUAGAUAGCAAUACCUCCUUGUUCACUGAUGCAAUUAUGGAGAAACAUCUACAACCUCACUUGGUUAUGUUGUCGUAUCUUCUCAGACUCUCUAUGCAAGUAAGUGGAACUGAUGAACCAAAACGUUUUGCUGUUGAGCGUCCCAAAGAUCUUGCUCAAACCCAAAAUCCAGCCGACACUGGGCUGAUGGCUGUGCUAUUUAUGUCCACCCAUGCUGUUUACGGUCUUGAAGCAUGCAAGAAUAUCAAUACUGAUGUUCUUGUGGAAGCAGGUAGGAGUGCUGCGGUUAUGGCUUUUGAGUGUGAAGAUAUGUUCUAGUUCAUGUAUAAUAAGGUUGUGCUAUGUUGUAUGGUUAUCGUUUGUACUAUUUGGAUUCAGACUCUCUACUUUACGGGUUUACUGUAAUGGAUAUUGUAUUAUAAGCACUAGUUUACCGAAUUAACUUUUUAUUGCAUGGGUUGUAAUAGGUAAUCAUUGUGUAUAAGGAUCUUGUCGCUAAACAAUAACUCUCAUACUUGUGGUAAUAGUAUAUUAGUAAUAGUAUAUUAGAUAUAGUGGAUUAUAGCCGGUUUAAGUGUAACAUGUAUACUCACUAUAAUACGCUAGUAUAUGUAAGAAGUGAUCAAUAGGGGAAUCGGUUUGCAUAAACCGGCAUUUUAUUAAACUGUAGGAAGUUAAUUCGGUAUAACCAUAACAAUUAUAUUAGUAGUUCAGUCUAAGUUAUAGUGGCAUACCUCUUUUCCUAUGUUACAUAAAUCCGUUAUCGAAUUUACUACUAUUGUAAUAGGAAGCCCAGAUUUGUAAUGUUUACUUUUUGGUGAACGUAUAGUUUAGUUUUCAAGACAAUAUUAUCCACUUCUCUUAAUAUAUUUAGUGGUGAUAGACAAGCGAGUAUUUGUAAUUUAUAACAAACAUUGGCAUUCUUAUUUAUAUUACAAUCUCGGGCUUAAUACUUUCCUGCCUCCAUCCAUUCGUAGAAACUAUUUUACAAAGCUUAUUUAUUAUGAUUUCUGCCUAGCAGCAGUCCACCUUGCCUUUCCAACACCUUCAUCAUCCGAGAAAUGCCAACAUCUCUUCACUUCAUAAGUUUUUUAUAUCGCAGCUUUACAUGUAGCCCGAUUGUGUCCACUUCCUUUGCACCGGCUACAAACAUGUUUCUUUCUUGGAGCUUUCAUCUGAAAAAAAAAAUUCAUCAGUCAAUAGUUCAAUGGGAACAUAAAUGAUCUACUAAAGCAUGGAUACCCUUAUUUCGCCGGUUGAUAGUAUCUUGCUCUUACGGGGACGGCCUGGUGGUCGUUUGGUUGCUGGCGGGAGGAUAUCCAAAUCACCUGCUCCGCUUUGCUGAUUCUGUUCGGUAUUGAUCUUGCUGAUGGGAAAUAUAUCAUCUUUGUAAGCUGACGCAAGACACUCUAAACUGUAAACUUCAGAAACAAGUGUUUCCACCCUCACUUUUGCUUUGAUUGCAGCUGAAAUAGCGUGUGGACAUGGUAUAAGUAGUGUUUGGAAGACAUUACAAGUGCAACUGUUAGUUGAAAGAUUGACGUGGAACGAUGCUCCUUCUUUGUCCUGCACUUCGUAUUCCAAACUAUUUAUCUUAGUUGCAAGCAUCCCUCCGCUUUGCUCAAAAUUUCCAGCUACUAUCUCUAGCACACGUGGGGUGAAACGGCCACUCCCAUUGUCGGUAACAUUACGUCUUUCUGAAAAUCAAGUCAUCAGUUUUGAUCUAAUAUAUUCAACCAAUGCCAUUAUAGGAUACUCCCUUGCUUCACGAAGAACGGAGUUCCAACUCUCGGCAAUGUUGCUAGUCAUAACGUCGUAUCGAUUUCCAGUAAAAUGCACACGCGUCCAAUGUUUAAACCCAAUGUCUAUUAGGUAUUCUGCGCAAGAUGCAUUUAUCAUCUUUAUUUCGUUGAAAACGGCGUAGAAUUCUGGAAGCCGAUAUGCCCGUGCUGCUUUACCAACUAGGUAAGAAAGAUGCUUGUUCUUGAAAUAGGUACGUAUGUUACGUUUCAAAUGUAAUAUGCAUGCACAAUGUUGGGCUUCUGGAUAAACCUGCACGUCCCCCGCAGCAACCAUGAGUUUAUAUUAUUCAUUGCUAACAUUACAUGUCAUACAACGUCGAGCUAAUGCUUUAUUAUAUAAUAUUUCGUUUCUUCCGUAUAAUGAUUUCCUUUGGUAUAAUUAAAGUAUGCAAACAAAUUACUAACCUUUGAUAUCCCGUAGUAAAUAGACGAGUGCCUAUCCGAAACAAAUACAGUUUCCUCUUUGUUUGGGAUGAAAUGCAAGAGCAUCUUGAAAAACCACUCCCAUGCCUUGUCAUUUUCACUAUCAACAAUUCCAAUGGCUAGAGGAAAAACUUAUUGGGCUGAUGCGGUCAUUAAACAUCCACCAUACUUACCUCGCAAAUGUGUGCCAUCGAUUAUAAUGACACUACGCAUGCGUUUGAAUCCAUUAACCGAAGCAGCAAGAGCUAAAACCAUGUACUUGAACCUAUGCCCAAAUCCUGCUUCGAAUUGUGUCUCCAUAUGAGUAAUUGUUCCUGGGUUUGCAACAACGAGUCUUUGGAGGUAAUCCGGAAGCAGCUUAUAUGAUUCACCUGAAGAGCCUUUAGCAUAAUCGAGUGCAACCUCUCUCGAACGCCAAGCUUUCCAAUAGGAGAUGUUAACAUUGUGAUCACCCAAUAUUACUUGAAUAAUUUCAUUAGGCCUUGGUGGACCACUAUUUCCAGCAUAUCUGGACCUCAUCACCUCUCCAAUGACCCCAUUGUGUGGCUUGUCGUUCAUAACCUGCAAUAAGAAAGUCGUUACAGAGAUUGACGUUAAUAUCUUCAUAUUCUAAAGCAUAACUGGAGUGAAAAUUCAAAGGAACAUGUAUGGUAAAUUGAUGAAAUGUUUUAGGUUUUUUUUUCUUGUCUUUUAAAAAAAAUAUUCAAUAUAACAAAACAACUUAGGAGUUAGGUGUGCAAUUUUAACUUCUAGUUAAGAUAUUGAAGUUUAGAAGAUGGCAUACAAAUUGAUUAUCCAUUUGAUCAUCUUCAAACAUCCGAUAAGCUUUAAGUUAUGAUAUUAGAGAUGCAGAGAAUGUGAGAGAAAAAAAAGUGAAAAAGAAGAUGAUCCAUGGACUGACGUUAGUCUCCACAAGUUUUUUCACCCACAAGUUGGCAAAAUAACACACUUUUUACUUUUCUUUCUCCUUUUCCUAGCCUGGUUUUAUUUUUGUGAAUAUAUAAGAUACACAGAUUGACGAUCAUCAACGGAACAUGUAUGGUAAAAGUCAAAGUUAAUAUUUAUAUUAACGUUAUUUUUUGGAAAUUAAUUGUCUUUUAUACUGACUCAUUUUUACUAUCAAAACUUUUUUUUUCGGAACCGGAUUAGUGAACGAACGAAGGAAAAUGUUAGAUAAGGUUAGUAGCUGAAUUACCAACACGGUCAUCAACGGAACAUGUAUGAUGUAAUUUGGCUUUUCUGACUUCAUAGUUUUCCACAUUUUUCAUCUUCGUUGCAUAUACUCGCCACUGGCAUGUUCCACUCAUGCAAUUCAUCACCAUUACGUCUGGUGAUGAACAUGUGUUUUUGAACCUGAAUUUAUUGCGCAAAGCAUAGAGUGCCAUAUGUUGUUUGAAGUGUCCUUUGUUUUUAAACAUCAUUCCUUCAAAUAGAUCGUCUGGUGCAAGAGUUAUGUUUCCUACAGAGGGAUUUGUGUUUUGAAAUUUAGUUGCACGGAACUUAUAAUAGAGCAAACCUAUUUUACAUUGAUAUUUUACAUACAAAAGGCCCCAUACAUAGUUGAUAUUGCAACGAUCCGGAUAUUUUGAUACACAAAAAAGGAUCACCCCCUACUGAUAUUUUACAUACAGUCCCACAACUUAUUUAUUUUAAGGAUUUUAAAAGAAGGGAUCAGACCCAAACCCACCACUGUCCCCGUCGACAUCAGAUUCAGAGUCCUCGAUUUCGAUGGUUGCUUCAGCGGCAGUGUGGCCGUGGUUUCCAAUACCAAGUGUGAGAUCGAGACUUGGCCCGCCGUUGUUGGGAUUGGCAGUAGGUGGUCCACCAUUGGCAUGCUGAGUUAAUGGUGCGGUUAUUCCAUUCUGUAUAGCGGCCGAAUCCUCUCCUGCAUGUUCCAAGACAACUAUGGAUUUAAUAAUAUUUAUUUAGAAAUAUUUUGACGCCAUAUAUAAUAUUUUCGUAUUUAUGAGUACUACAACCUUGCCCUACUGCUUCCGAGAGGUUAAUAACAUUUUCAGAGUUUGGUAUUGGUGGAGGUAACACAAGGUUAUUCUCGCUGUCAUUUAGAGCGUCUGAAGAAGCAGUGUAAGACGCUUCAUCAUCAUCAACAAUCAGAACACUCGUGGGUGUUGGUGGUGCAGUGACCCUCAGAUUUGGACCUAUUGGAAGGCCUAACACACCGUUAGUUGGAUGCGGUGCUGGCGGGACAUUGACUGCAAAGUGACGUUCAGCAUCCAACAUUUCCUCCCAGUAAGCCUCUUCCUCAUGUUCUUCUUCCCAUGUAGGUGGGAAGCGAGGUAUUUGACUAAGAGGUUCGACUUCCAGUGGCGUCAAAUGGCCUUGUAUGUUCGGAGCUUGGAAAUUAGGAAAUGUAGGUUGGAGCUGCUCAAGAUCCAUUGGUUCGCCGUGCAAAACUGCGAGUUAUAAAAAAUACGUGUCAGAAUCAUAAUUUUCAACUCCAAACAGCUUUCUUCUUGACGGUUUAAUAUAAUAGCUGGAGAUUAGACUAGUUUUGGUGGAAGAACUAAACACAUAACAAAAAGUGGGGACUCUAACCAUCAACGUUUAAACAUCAACUACUAACACUACAUGUUUAUGUGAAUAUUAAUAUUUCUUAACUCUAACGGUUAAUGUUUAAUAGUUCAUAUGUAAGCAGUAAGAUAUAUGUUACGUUAACUUUCCAGUCUAUGGCUAAGUUAAAUAUUAAAGAGUUUUAGAAUAUAAUACCCUCUUCGUUUGGCACAUUGUUCCUUUCCUCUUCCGUAGACAAGGGUUCCCCUUCCACUAUUGCGAUCAUAUCAUCGACAGUUAGGCGGGGAAAUUCCUCCCUAUCUUCAUUAGAUGGCGCAUAAACCAUCUCUAUCUCAAGAGAGACACGAUAGACGAUGAGCAACUGGGGUUCAUUGAACAACAUCUCCAACAUAGUCUUGCUAUAAACAAUGGGGUGCCCCCCCCCCCCCCCCCCCCACGAGUUCUGUCAACCAAAAGAAAAUUAGAACAUUAUUAUUUAGGUAAGCCAUAUGCUAGACGGUUGCUCUGUUGUUUUAAACAAAACUAUAACGUUUGCUACUACAAAAAUACAUACCUUUUAUGGCAUGGUGAUGCUGUUCUUCGGUUACUCCCUCUCCUAGGAAACUGUUCUCUCCUAUUUUGGAGGGGGUUCGACAAAGAAACUGGUAUUUAGCAACUAGCUCAGGUCCGCUAGUCACAUACAUAACCGGUUCUGUCAUAUACUCCCUCACACUAAGCAUGGUCUCGACAUCUUUAUCGGCUGACAAAGUAAUCGGUGGGGUCCUUGAACCUUCAGGAAGGAGCAUCCAAUCCGGGAGCUGAUAUGUUAAGGCGACGGGAGUGAGGACUCCUAGAGUAAGCCUUAUACGAAUCAUCUCCACCAAACCUUCGUAAGAGUCCUCGGGUUUGAUUAACACAGUCUCUCCUUCCAAAGCUGGGUUUUCAUCAAACCUCCACUCCCCGGUCAAGGUCUUUUCCCAAACACCUUGAACAAUUCUCACAAACGUUCCCAUCUGUAAAAAAUAACAAGAUAUCGUAAGGUCGGAUCAUUUUUAAAAGUACACAAGGUCAAAACUGAAAACUUUCUGAUAUUUUAACUGUUUAGCUUAACAAAAAUACAAAACCCUAGAUGGAGACCAGCCAUGUACCUUUAAAGCUGUUCCCACAGGUGAUUAUCCGGAAUCUGUAAGACAAAACGGAAAAGGACGUUUGCUUUUCUUACUAAGUUGGUGAUGAUGGGAGUCUUAAUUUAUAGCUAAAUGGGGAUAGAUAGUUACAGUUAUACAGCUUUACAACCUUAAGGAACAUAGCAUUAAAUGCAGCCAGCUACCUAUACGUAGGUGUCACUAUUCAUGAUUAGGGUAGGAUAUCAUGAUGAUAAUAUCUCUGACACACUAAUGAUAUUACUAAUUUUAAAUUAAAAUAUUACAGUUAUUAUCUUCAAUCGGUUUGGUUUACCAUAGAAUUGGUUAGCAACUAAUAAAAAUUUGAUGUCGGGUUACCAGCUUCGUUCGACCGGUAAGUAAAUGAAUUGUUGUUCGUUUUUUAUCCACAUAAUUUAUAUUUUUAAAGUUAAACAACUGGCCCAAAAUGCUACACGUCUUAUGUACUCGAACCUUCCAUUAGAGACAUAAAAACUGAACUGUAAAUCAUUAGGUUCUGCAUCGUCUCCUUCUUAACAGCAAACAAUCAUGGCGUAUAGUCAGACUUCCUCGGCGUCAAUUCGUUCAACUCCAAACAAUGAAGAUCCACCUUGCCACUGUUCACAACCGACUGCCUUGACAAUGGCGUGGACUGAAGAGAAUCCUGGAAGGCGAUUUUACAAAUGCGAUGAACAUGGUUUUGUGGUUUGGCAUGACAAGGAGAAAUCAUGUCGUUGGCAGAAGCAAAGUCUUUUGGAGGCAAGGGAGAAAAUCCUUACCCAGGCUGAAGAAAUCAAGGCUUUGACGAUCGCUCUACGUCGAGCUAAUGCUCAGAUUGCUGCAUUAGAGGUUUCUCGGUCUUCUGGGUCAAUAAAUGAAAGUUUGAAGGCAAUUGAAGAUCACAUUUCAGCACAUAUCAAUGAGACCCAGAAGGUGUUCCGUAACCUUGUUCUUUAUUCUGGUGGUGGGUUUGCUAUAGCUACUGCCGUCAUCAUCUUUUACAUGAAAAAAGUAGAUGUAUUCCGAACCCUUGUUGUGCACUCAUGUUUCUUAUCUGUUGUCUUAAUAUUUACUAUUAAUGUUCUCCUCUUUCAGUUAAAUUUUUUUUUUUGGUGUUA